AUGGCCCCAGCGAAGCAGCAGCUUGAGAGCUUACACUGCCAGACUCAAGGGCGAGGUUGCCAUUUGGCCAAGUUGCCAGUGAUCCACCCGCUUCAUAUAGCACCUUUUAAAUCACAGAAAAAUGUUUGCCACCAUUAUUGUGUGAAUUCUGAGUCGUGUACUAUUUCUGAUGAUGGAAGUGUAGAAUGUGUCUGUCCAGUACGAUUUGAAGGUCCAAAAUGUGAAGUGGACAAAUGUAUCAGAUGUCACGGGGGACACUGCAUAAUAAACAAGGACAGUAAUGACAUAGUAUGCAAUUGCACUAACGGAAAGAUCGCCUCUACCUGUCAGUUAUGUGAUGGCUACUGUUACAAUGGUGGCACAUGUCAGCUGGACCCAGAGACAAAUAUACCUGUCUGUCUAUGUUCAGCCAACUGGUCAGGCACGCAGUGUGAAAGGCCCGCGCCCAAAAGCAGCAAGUCUGACAACAUCAGUACAAGAAGCAUUGCAAUCAUUGUUCCUCUUGUUUUAUUGGUGACUUUGAUCACGACUUUGGUAAUUGGACUAUUUCUUUGCAAAAGGAAACGAAGAACAAAAACUAUCAGAAGACAACCCAUUAUAAAUGGAGGAAUCAAUGUGGAAAUUGGCAAUCCAUCAUAUAACAUGUAUGAGGUGGGCCAUGAUCACAGUGAAGGUGGUCUUUUAGCCUCAGAUUUUACUGUAAAUCCAGAAAAGGCCAGAUACAUAGGGGGAGGGCCUACUGCAUUCAAGCUUCCCCACACAGCUCCAUCAAUCUACCUAAACUCUGACUUGAAAGGACCACUAUCAGCAGGGCCAACAAAUUACGCCAAUCCAGUGUAUGCAAAGUUAUACAUGGAUGGACAAAACUGUCGAAACUCCUUAGCAAGUGUUGAUGAAAGAAGAGAACUCCUUCCAAAGAAAAUAGAUAUUGGGAUAAGGGAGACUGUGGCAUAAUCUGCUGUUACCUUUUAUACUCUGUAUAAAUGUAUAAAAUAUAAGGAUUACUUUUCUAUGUACCAACAGUAUUAUAAUUGUUUUGGCAUCAGCAUUACCUCUGUUUUUUGUUUGGUUGAUUGUUUUCUGGGUUUUUCUUUUGCUGAUGACUUUUGACUGACCAUUUGUAAGGUAUUUUUAUGAAAAAGAAACUGCACUACAGUACAAUUUACAACAAUGCUGCUGAAAUAACACACCUUUAAAUUUGUUAAAAUUGCAAACAACAUAUUUGUUUGUAGCGUGAAAAUGAGCAAUCUAUUUUCUAUGAACUUUUUUGGUUCUACUUAAUCGAUGAAGAUGGUAUCUGCACUUUUUCAUUAUGUAGUCUGGAAGCUGUAGUACAGUGUGUAAUUUUGUUUAUUUUAAAUGGUGAAAGAAUGAUUGAAUGGUCUGCUCUCUUCUUUGUGCCCAUUAGAAUUUCUCUUCAGAUCCUGAUAAAGCUAGAUAACUUUUCACAAACCAACAUAACUUGCUUUUAAAU